CACCACCACCACAACGCGGGGGCCGCCGCCGCCGCCUUCCUGCGAUAUAUGCGGCAGCCCAUCAAGCAGGAGCUGAUCUGCAAGUGGAUCGAGGCCGAGGCGCCCGGCGGCGCGCCGCCCUGCUCCAAGACGUACAGCACGAUGCACGAACUGGUCAACCACGUCACGGUGGAGCACGUCGGGGGUCCCGAGCAAAGCAGCCACGUGUGCUUCUGGGAGGAGUGUCCCCGCCAAGGGAAGCCCUUCAAGGCCAAGUACAAACUCAUCAACCACAUCCGCGUGCACACGGGCGAGAAGCCUUUCCCUUGCCCCUUCCCGGGAUGCGGCAAAGUCUUCGCCCGCUCCGAGAACCUCAAGAUCCACAAGCGCACUCAUACAGGGGAGAAGCCUUUUAAAUGCGAGUUUGAUGGCUGCGACAGGAAGUUCGCCAAUAGCAGUGACAGAAAGAAACACUCCCAUGUCCAUACCAGUGACAAGCCAUACUUCUGCAAAGUUAGAGGCUGUGACAAGUCCUAUACACACCCAAGCUCCUUGCGCAAGCACAUGAAGAUCCAUUGCAAAUCCCCUCCACCUUCUCCUACCCCAGGAUCUCAUGGGUACCAGCCCACAGGGACACCCCUGGGUGCCCCAUUGUCCCCUGUCCAGGACUCCGGUAGGGGCCGUCCUGCCAACCUUUCUCCUCAGGUUACCAAUCUCAAUGAAUGGUACGUCUGCCAGGCUAGCGGGGCACCCAACCACCUCCACACACCAUCUAGUAAUGACACGUCUUCUGAGGAGGAAGAGGAGGAGGAAGAGACUUAUAGGAACUCUGAGACAAGAACUAUUCACUAAGAUAGCGAGACAGGGAGAGGGAGCUGUCGGGGAUGGCACUUGGCUGCCAUCUUGGUUAACUCGGACUAUUUAUUCAGUAUAUGAAACCCUAUGGUGUUUGUACUUGUAACUAAUUUAAUUAAGACAUUGGACUUGCCUCUUUUUUUAAUUUUAUGAAAAAAUGAAAAAGACGAAUCUUUUUCAUGAAGAAGAAUCUUUUAGAAACCCAUCCACAUGGACAGCAACAGUGAUACAGCCCUUAUAUUUUCUUUUCCCCACCUCUAGGUAUUGUCGAUUGGGUACAUUCAUUAAAUUGGUUUCCCAAAGUAAAAGCUGGAUUGUGGCUUAUGAAUGUCAGUGAGGAGCUGGUAGUCUUUCUCUGUGCCAGAUGUAGGCUGUCCAAGCUUGCACACCUAUUUUGAAAGGUAUAUUCCCCUAGGCCUCUGUCCCAUAAUUGUCACCUUUGGAACUUCUCUCUUCCUCUCUCUCUCUCUCUCUCUCUC